ACAACAACAACAGCAGCACAAAAAGAAUAACAACAGCGGCCAAAUCUUUAUUGGGCACCUAGGUCAACUUGUUUACUUAAAUUUUACCAAAAUUAUUCGCAACAUGGACGAGUCGGAACUGCUAUUUAACCUGUUCUACUUCCUGCUGUGCAUGGUCAUUAUCUACCCACCGGAGGAGUUCCAACGCCUGGGCUUUACAAUUGAGCAGUUGUUCGCUCGGUUUCUGGGCGAGGAGUACCUCGAUUUUGUGGGCUACCACCUGCGUCGUACCUCGCUGAACCUUUUCGUGCACUCCUGCCUGCCGUUUUCCUACUUUCUCAUCCAUAGGCUUAAGUUCUCCGUCUUCGCCACCCAGGAGCCUCUUGAGGACUCGGACCUCGACCCGGACUUCCCAAUGCCCCAAGAGGCGGUGGCAUUUAAAACGCUUACGUGGAAAACCGCCCAGAGGUUCAGUGUGCUUGCGGUUUUAGCCGUGCCCGCCCUCAUCUUCAACUGGCAUCAGCAGAACUGGCGCCGACACCCAAUUUGCAAAACGCUCUCUAAGUAUUCGAACUCGCCGGGAAGCUAUGGUGCCGUGGCCAGCGAUAUUGGCACCGAGUUCCGACGACCGGAAAUCUACAAAAAGAAACUCAACUCAAUUAGCACUGUGAUUGCCACCCAGAACUGGAUUAUCAAGACUACCAUGUACAAUGUCCACUUCGCCCAUCAGAGCAACACCUCGCUCAGCGUUGCUAAAGCGGAAACGUACAAUAUAUCGCAUCAUGACCAGAACGACACUCUGCAGAUGAUUAGCAUAAUUGUGCGGCCGAUGAGGCAGGGCGUGAGCGACUUUCACAUACGAAUAAAUGCCUUGGAGUUUAGGAACCUCGAGGACCGCGUGCGACGUCCCAUCGCCAUUCCCUCCAACAUCCAGUUUCACCGCAACGUGAUCGACCGUUUUGUGGAUGUGUUUAAGACGCAGGUCGCUCUUAAUCCUGUUUUUCAGGCAGAUGCCACUACGGAUAAGUGCUUCGCUUGCAUGCUAAACGAACCAAACACCAAGAUCCACAAGCAGUGUGCCGACCUAGAUCGCAAUGGCGCUCCUCUUGCCGAGGGGGCGUGCUGCUCUAACUGCUACUGCCGGCCCAUGUGGUGCGUAGAGUGCCUUGCGCGGUGGUUCGCUGCUCGCCAAACAGACGUGGAUCGCGAGGUGUGGUUGGAGCAGAAGUGCACCUGCCCCAUGUGCAGGGCCAAGUUUUGUGUGCUUGAUGUCAGCUACAUCAGACCACAAGUCGACCCAAGAGCCCCUACUCAGUACCGCGGAUCGGAAGAUGAGGCUGGUGAAGCCACGUGAUUUACGACUGUUAAAUUUAAUUAAACGACUUUUAAAUCGAACCUGGUUCUUUAUUGGUCUGAUUUAUAUAUAAUCAUUAUCACUACAAUAAGACGUAAGAUUCAUAGCUACGAACUUAAAAUAUGCAUACUAAUUAGUGCAAUUAUCACGUUUUAAUACUUUACCAAUGUAAGCAAGCUAAUGUACAGUAUAUACUAUUAUGACUUAAGUACAAUUGAUCUAAGCAAGAAAAGGGUCUUGUGCUAAAUAUGCCUCACUUAACAUUAAAUCAAGUUGAAUCAA